AGAGGCUCUAUGCGAGACACAAAGCGAGCCUUUUCUUUACGAUGUCACCCAGGUACGACCCGAAGAAGUCCAGUACGAUAUGAGGAUUGUGUGUUACAUGUUAAACUUGAUUUCUAGAGUCGAAGAAAUCAUUCCAGCGCGAUAAGCUCUGGCUCAUCGACUUCUUUCUUACUUUUGUCAACUUGAAAAGCGCAACAGCUAGAGUAGGGGACGAUUUUCAAACAUCGACUACAAGAGCAAUUUGAAGUGAGCAGAACGACAGACUGAUCAUCUCCAAAAGGGAAGUUUUUCACCAUGAGUUCCGAAAAGACCAAAGUGGAGGAUGAAGCGGUGCUGGACAGAGGAGCGUCCUUUCUCAAACAUGUCUGCGAUGAAGAGGAAGUGGAAGGUCACCACACUGUGUACAUUGGUGUGCAUGUUCCCAAGAGCUACCACCGGAGAAGACGCCACAGACGCAAGUCUAAUCACAAGGAAAAGCGGGAGAGACCUGAACAGAAUACGGAAGGAUGCAAGUCAGAUGGGGAGAACGCAGAUGACUCCACUGCAAACAUCCUCAAACCACUCAUUUCUCCAGCGGAGAGGAUCAGGUUUAUCCUGGGAGAGGAGGACGAUGGUCCCCCACCUCCUCAGCUCUUCACUGAGCUGGACGAACUACUGGCUGUGGACGGGCAGGAGCUGGAGUGGAAGGAGACAGCCAGAUGGAUCAAGUUUGAGGAGAAGGUGGAGAAGGGCGGCGAGCGCUGGAGUAAGCCUCAUGUGGCCACGCUCUCUUUACACAGUUUGAUGGAACUCAAAACGUGCAUCGAGAAGGGCACCAUCAUGCUGGACUUGGAGGCCUCCUCACUGCCGCAGGUUGUCGAGAUGAUCACAGACAACCAGAUCGAGUCUGGUCAGUUAAAGGCGGACCUGAAGGAGAAGGUCAUGUACACGCUGCUACGUAAGCAUCGCCACCAGACCAAGAAGUCCAACUUGCGCUCCCUUGCCGACAUUGGCAAGAGUGUGUCCAGUGCAAGUAGGCUGUUUUCCAACCAGGAGAAUGCACGCAACCCCAUUGAACAACCUGUGCCUUGUUUUACCCCACAAGACUCAGAGGAACCAUGCGAGGUCAUGAGGAGCUCCAGCAUGGGAUACCUCUGUAGCCCAACGACUGCCCCUCGAAACCUCACCUCCAACAGCCUGAGUGACUUCUCUGAUAAACCAGAGAAAGAUCAGCUGAAGAAUAAGUUCAUGAAAAAAUUGCCCCGUGAUGCAGAAGCAUCAAACGUGCUGGUCGGAGAGGUAGACUUCUUGGAAACUCCCUUUGUGGCGUUUGUCCGUCUACAGCAGGCGGUUAUGCUGGGGGCUCUAACCGAAGUCCCUGUGCCCACAAGGUUUCUUUUUGUCCUGCUGGGGCCCAAAGGUAAAGCAAAGUCCUAUCAUGAAAUUGGAAGGGCCAUUGCCACCCUGAUGUCAGAUGAGGUAUUCCAUGAUAUUGCCUAUAAAGCAAAGCACAGGCAGGACCUGCUGGCUGGUAUCGAGGAGUUCUUGGAUGAGGUCAUUGUCCUGCCACCCGGAGAGUGGGACCCUGACAUCAGGAUAGAGCCACCAAAAUCUCUGCCUUCUUCAGACAAGAGGAAGAACAUGUAUGCUGGAUUAGAAGCACCUCAGAUGAAUGGCGACACUCCCCAUGAUGGGGGACAUGGCGGGGGAGGAGGACACCAGGUUGGAGAGGAGCUUCAGCGCACUAGAAAGUUUUGUGGAGGUCUUGUCCUGGAUAUCAAGCGAAAGCUGCCAUUUUUUGCCAGUGACUUUUAUGAUGCAAUACAUAUCCAGUCUCUGUCAACCAUCUUAUUCAUCUAUCUGGGCACAGUCACCAAUGCGAUCACAUUUGGAGGUUUACUUGGUGAUGCUACAGAAAACAUGCAGGGAGUGUUGGAAAGUUUCCUGGGUACGGCACUGACAGGAGCAGUGUUCUGUCUGCUGGCUGGUCAGCCCCUGACUAUUCUCAGCAGCACAGGUCCAGUGCUCGUCUUUGAGAGACUCCUCUUCAACUUCAGCAAAGACAACGGGUUUGACUACCUUGAGUUCAGGCUGUGGAUCGGCCUGUGGUCGGGUCUAUUCUGUCUUGUGCUGGUCGCCACAGACGCCAGCUUCCUGGUGCAGUACUUCACGCGUUUCACAGAGGAAGGCUUCUCUGCGCUUAUCAGCUUCAUUUUCAUCUAUGACGCUUUCAAAAAGAUGAUAAAGCUUGGCCACCACAACCCAAUUAACGCCGAAUACGAUCCCAACCUUGUCACACAGUACGACUGCCGCUGCACGCCUGGAAACUCAUCAGAACUCCUUGAUUUCUCUGCCUGGACAAACAGUACUGAUCUGCCAGUGAAUGCCACCUGGGCAUCCCUCACCAGGCAGCAGUGUCUUCAAUUCGGUGGGCAGCUGGUCGGAGAGGCCUGUGGCUAUGUGCCUGACAUCACCCUGAUGUCCUUCAUCUUGUUCUUUGGGACUUACACCUGUUCCAUGGCACUGAAGACAUUCAAGACGAGCCGCUUCUUCCCCACUACAGUGAGGAAGCUCAUCAGUGACUUUGCGAUCAUCUUGGCCAUUCUUCUCUUCUGUGGCGUGGACGCCCUUGUCGGUGUGAACACUCCAAAGCUCAUAGUGCCAAGUGAAUUCAAGCCCACAAGUCCACUGAGGGGCUGGUUUAUUCCUCCUUUUGGAGGGAACCCUUGGUGGGUGUACCUGGCAGCAGCACUCCCCGCUCUGCUGGUUACCAUUCUGAUAUUUAUGGACCAGCAGAUCACUGCUGUGAUUGUCAACAGGAAAGAGCACAAACUCAAGAAAGGGGCAGGGUAUCACUUGGAUCUGUUCUGGGUUGCCAUCUUGAUGAUCAUCUGCUCUUUCAUGGGCCUGCCGUGGUAUGUGGCUGCCACUGUCAUCUCCAUCGCCCACAUCGACUCUUUGAAAAUGGAGACCCAGACAUCGGCCCCUGGGGAGCAGCCAAAAUUCCUGGGUGUGAGGGAGCAAAGAGUCACUGGUAUCUUUGUGUUCCUCCUGACGGGAGUCUCUGUCUUCAUGGCCCCUAUCCUCAAGUUCAUUCCCAUGCCUGUGCUCUACGGUGUGUUCCUCUACAUGGGUGUGGCGUCACUCAAUGGUGUCCAGUUCAUGGACCGUCUGCAGCUGCUGUUGAUGCCAGCCAAGCACCAGCCGGACCUGAUCUACCUGCGGCACGUCCCCCAGAGACGCAUCCACCUCUUCACCUUCAUCCAGGGCCUGUGUUUGGCCCUCCUCUGGGUCCUCAAGUCUACUGUGGCUGCCAUCAUCUUCCCUGUCAUGAUCUUGGCACUGGUUGCUGUCCGUAAGGCGAUGGACUACGUGUUCUCCCAACAUGACCUCAGCUACCUGGAUGAUGUCAUCCCAGAGAAAGACAAAAAGAAGAAAGAGGAUGAGAAGAAAAAGAAAAACAAAAAGAAAGGAAGCAUCGACAGCGAAAUCGAAUUUUCUGACUACCCCUACCAUGAAAAUAUUCCCAGUAUUAAAAUCUCUAUGGAUAUGAUGGAAACGGAGCCCAUGUUGGGUGAUAAAUCUUUGGAUAGAGAUCAAUCCCAGACUUUCCUUAACCCGCAUUCGACGUGCUGAGGACUACUUUGUGUCUCCCACAGUGGCCGAGUGAUCUUGACAGGGGUUCAUACACAAAAGGUUUGCCUCACAUUCGAAUAAAGAGGGACUCUGAGGAUAACGGUGUCUUCUGGAAGAAGGGCUCGGAAACAGAUCUGUGACUGAAUUAUCCAAAGAUAAAGCAGAAGCAGCACAACAUAGCAAGCAUAAACAUCCUCUUUUGUAACGCUAUUUAUAAUAUUCCUCAUAUGAGGAUUUAAAUCAGAAUAGCUGAAAGUAUUGUCUCUUAAAAUUGAAGCACUUUGGUGGUACUGAAUUUUAAUGAGGGCUGACACAAGAUACGUUUGAGUGUUCUUCAUCUGCAUGAGUUCUUGCAGAAAACAAAAAGGUUACUCAAGGUAAUCUGUAUGCAGUUUUUAUGGGACAUUAGUAUCUUAUUAAUGUGUAUGCUAAUAAUUUAUAUAUAUAGAUAUAGAUAUUUUAUCAUUAAAGAUAUCCAGGAUACUGUAGAUUUGUAGAAUACAGGUGGCUUUAUAGCAUCUACAUCAUUAUUCCAGUCUGUACAUAUCAGGAGGAGUUCCCCACAGUUUUUUUAUUAAAUAUUUUAAUGACACCGAACAUAACCAGCCUCUCUUCUGAAAGUACUGUUUUAUAUAGAGGUGAAGUCACAACUACUGGAAUCUUAAGAUUAAAACAUAGUGGAGGUACUGCAUUUGGAGGCAAGCACAGAAAGAAAUCCUCCUUUACUUGUAGUGACUGCAAAAGGUCAUCUGUGCACAGUCAUGAGCGGACAUUAAUAUUGUAUUUAUGGGCAUAUUCAUUAUUUAUCAAGCAUCCACUGAAGGCUGCAUAUUCAUAAAACAUAUCCAGAAAAUAAUGUAAGAAUAUUGUGUUUGUUUCAGUAUGGUAAGUAAAUUAUUCAACACCAUACAGAAUGGAACUUAUACUUUCGUUUCCUUAUCUUCCUUCCUACCCUUUUUUCUAUAUUUAUUAUAUUGAAACUCUCAGCAAAAUAAUUUGCUGUGUGGAUCUUAAGUAUGGCUUCACCAUUUAACUUCCCCAUUUGUGCAAAUUCAGAUCCAGAUAUUCUUUCUGUGGUCUGUAUCCACUCAGCUGACAUUUCCCUGUUUUAGGGAUAUAUAGAUGUAUUAUACUUGUAUGUAGCUCUACCUCUUAUUUUUCUGUAGGUGCCAGGCAUUAUAUAUUAAAAACAUCUGUUGUGCAAUUAUUUGUGAUGAAACACUGAUUUAUUUUGUUCACCUGGCACUAUAUAGGAGCUUUUUUGGUGUAUUUUAUAGGGUAAUGCAACCAAAAAUUACAUUUUAGGUUUUUCAUCCCAAAAGCAAAAUUGUUGUUUUGUUUGUUAUUAUCACAUAGAGGGAAAAUAACACCUCAAAUUGCAUUAUCUGAUAAUAAAACAACACCAAUAUAACAUAAUUUUUGUGGGGUUACUAGAGUUGGUGGGGGCUCCCUUUUAACCCAUUGGAAUGAAUGCACUUCAUUGUUCUCAACAUUUGACCCUGAACUCAGCCCUAAAAUCCUAUUUGAGUUGAAUUUCCCUUUUUGAAAUGUUAUCAUAUUGAGAAGCUGUUAAUGUGAUGCAUUUUCAAUCACAGUAAUUUGUUUAUUAAAAUGUAAUGUUAUUUUAUGCAAAUCAACAAUCACUGUGAAGCAAUGCAAUGUUGCAACUUCUUGCUUCUUGAAGAGCUACUGCUUUUACAGUAUACAGGGUAAAAAGUGUUUGUGCAACAGCUUCACUUCAGUAUCUUAUCUUCAAUGUAUCAUUAUCUAAAUUCCAUUUAGUGACAGUUUGAUACGCAAUGUCUUUAAUACUUCCUGUAUUAUUCACAUGGCUUGAACGUGCUUCUAUUGCUGAUUGAAGUAUACACUGCAAUUUCAACUGAUUCACUGACUUAGGAUAUUAAUUCAUAUCUGAAUGUAAUACAUCUCAAUUAUUUGAAAUGUGCAUAUAUACCUUGACGAAAAGGACAUUUACAAUCAGUGCUGUUCCUGAUUUGUAGAGCAAAUAAGGGCUGUAAUUAAUUAAUUUCACGAUCACAUCUAUAUUCUGUCAAGAUGUGAAACAGACUGUUAAUGUCUUAAACCACAUUUUUUGAAACAAAAAUCAAAAACCACACGUCUUCCACUUUGUUCUGUGAACUGUGUAUCUUGACUUUUUGACUUUCUGGUCCACAUUUAAUGUGAUAUAUUUGAUGUUCUAACUCUGAAACCAAUUUUAUACAUGCAUCUAAUGUACUUAAUAACCAUAGGUUACUCAGAAAGAAGCAAAUGUCUUUUUUAUGGGGUAGUGAUUUGAAUGAGAGCAAUAAAACAGUCCAAAUGAUUCUUAAA